AUGGAGACGGUGCUGCUGGAGCAUUUCCCCGGGGGGCUGGACUCCUUCUCCUCGCCCCCCUACUUCGACGAGGAGGAUUUCUUCACGGACCAGUCCUCCCGCGACCCCCUGGAAGCGGACGAGUUCCUGGAGCAGGACGUGGACUUCCUGAGCCACCAGCUGCAGGAGUAUUACCGGGACGGGGGGCAGGGCGAGGGGGGCUAUUGCUGCGAGGCGGCGGCCGCCGCGGCCAACUUCUCUUCCUCCUCCUCCCCCUCCUCGCCCAGCUUCCCCUACGAGUGCUGCGGGGCGGCCGCCUCUGAGCUGCUGUCCCCCGGGGGCAGGCUCAAGGCGCUGAGCUCCGCCAAGCGGCGCCGGCGGGUGCGCUCCGAGGCGGAGCUGCAGCAGCUGAGGCAGGCGGCCAACGUGCGGGAGCGCCGGAGGAUGCAGUCCAUCAACGACGCCUUCGAGGGGCUGAGGUCCCACAUCCCCACGCUGCCCUACGAGAAGCGGCUCUCCAAGGUGGACACCCUGCGCCUGGCCAUUGGCUACAUCAACUUCCUGAGCGAGCUGGUGCAGUCGGACCUGCCCCUGCGGAGCGCCAGCAGCGAGAGCCCCAGCCAGCCCAAGAAAGUCAUCAUCUGCCACCGGGGCACAAGAUCACCUUCUCCAAGCGACCCUGAUUAUGGACUGCCUCCUCUUGCUGGACACUCUCUGUCAUGGACUGAUGAGAAGCAACUUAAGGAACAAAACAUUAUUAGAACAGCUAAAGUGUGGACUCCUGAAGACCCCAGAAAACUAAACAACAAAUCUUCUCUAAACAACAUAGAAAACGAACCUCCAUUUGAUUUUGCAUCAUGA